AGGCUUUGGGAUUCAUGCUUCACUAUGCAUGAACUUUUCUCAAUAUUACUCAUGACUUGUUAUUACCCAUUGAACCCGUUUCUUGGGAUCUCCAGUCUAUCGGGUCGGGUUACCAUCACUUGUAAUCCAUGGUUCGGUAGGCAUAAGUCUCAUACCCUUGGCGGUACUUUGGACUUUCUCUCUAGAUAAUCCUUUCUUCAAAGGAUCAGCUAGAUUCUGUUAGGACCUUACAGGAUCCACCCUCAUUGCUCCUAUCGUUAGGAUUUCUCUUACAGUACUGUGCUUACGACAAAUUUGUCGUCUCUUUUCGUUCUAGAACCGGUUCCCUUCUUUAGUAAUAGCUGCGGCGCUAUCACAAUGAAUCAACUACCGGAGGGAUCGGUCUUUCCCGUAAGGGAAUCUCUAGUAAUGACCCUCUCAAUCAACUUUUCUCUUUACUAGCCAUUGCUAGCUCUGUCAUUUCUUAUUUCUUAGUUGAUUGAGCCAGGAUCGUUUACUUCUUAGACUUCCAAGACAUAGCUUCUCUAUCGAUGUUUAAAACACAUCCUCUUGUUGUCUUGGAGUCCUCUAUAGGGUAUUCUAAUCCGCAUCACUAUACCCUACCAAUACAGCAAAAACCGUUGAUAACUUAUAUCAAGGUCUACUGUUCUUAAGGUGUCUCAUGACCCCUUUCAAUAGCAUUUCAAUGCUUCAUACUAGGACAAUCAGUAAGCCUGCCAAGUACCCCCACUAUGUCGAGUCUCGUGUUCACCAGCUGCCUCACGCAGACUGUCGAUGCUAGUAUAUUCUAACUUUCUCAGUUUCUCACACUAUUUCCAGUGUUCUUUAAUAUUUACACUAGCAUCAUCAACCAUUUAUGCAGGCACACUGCUUGUAUUUCUUCUAGAUCUUAACUAUGUAGUUAAACUGAUCUUGAGGGAAUCUAUUCAUUGUCAUAGUUACAUGGAUCUCCUAGCUUACACAAGCUUCAUCGAGAACAUUCAAAAUUCUCAAACAUGGUUUUUUUCAUAUCGACAUCACGAUUCUUUGUACCAAAGAUCGACGUGUCAUUCAUAAUGCAAGUGUCAUUCUCAAAUUUGUACUAAAUGCACUUGUCACUUUCACUUUUAAAACCAUGAGAGAGAACCAGUUUAUUCAUGCCAUCGACUUAGAGUCUAUUUCAAAUCUUACAAUGAUUUGUCUAACUAUAGACUCCCUAAGCAUGUUCAGGAAUAACAACCUUAUAGGUUGUCCCAUGUAGAUUUCUCUAUCUAAAUCACCAUUCACAAAAUUAAGUUUAACAUCCAUCUGAUGCACAACAAGAGCAAUCAGAACAUACAUGAAUGUUAUUCUACUUAUGGUGAAUAGAUAACAAGAGAAUUUACAAUUUUUCCUUUCCGCCUAAUGCCUUAGCUAUUGGGUGAUCCUUAUACUCAUAAACUAAACCAAUAUGUUUCACUUUUCUUUUAAGAAUCUAUUUAUUACCUAGGCUUCAUUGCCAGGAGGUAAUUCUCAAAGAUGUCUAAUCUUGUUCGAUUCUACCCAGAUUUAUCACCCCCACUAGUUAUCCAUUAUUUCUUAUAGCAGGCAAGAUACCACCCCCACUAUUUCUCGAUUUAAAUGGAAUGACAUUAAUGGAUUCUACACAACAAUGAGUAUUUCAUUUUUUUUUAACUUAUGUGUUCUAUUAUUGAUAGCACAAUCAAUAAAUCUCACUCAUGCUCAUCUAUAUUGCACUGAUUCUCAAAUUAUACCAUAUGAAAACGUUUUACAUCAAAAGCAUGUCAAAAGCAUCACAUCGUUAAUUAGUGCAAUCAAUAAUAAUGUGAUUUCACAUUAUUAUCUUUCACCCAUUUCAAAAUGAAUAAAAUCUAAAGAUUCUGAUUCUCUAAUCACAUAUUUAAGAUCCACGAUACGACUUUUCGGAGAUCACUUCCUCUCUUCUUGCGGCGAGAUCCACCGAUAGAUCCGAGACUGCCGCUGUGCUCCUGGGGAAAGUCUAAGAACAGGAAAAAACCUCUCAAUCUCCCAAAGGCAGUAAAAUAAGUGUGAUCGCCGGCUAAAAGAUGCGCCUCGAUAAUUCCGAUGAAGACAAUUUCGCUGAAUUGAUCAACAUCAGCAGCGACGACGAAUUGGACACUGACAUAGACGCCAUAGAAUCCGACGAUGAAGCCGAAUUUGACAGCAACAAUGUCGCGGCCGGUCUCUUGGACGAGCUUGAAACCGUUCCGCCGCAAGAGCUGUCUUACUCCGUCUUUACAGAAUCCGACAUCCGCCGCCACAUCGACGACAACAUCAACCAGCUCUCCGCCAUUUCGAUUGGAACGCGAGCAAGGUCGAGGACUCGUGAUGAAUCCGAAAUCCGCCGGCAAGUCGGCCUCCCGGUGGCAACUCAACAGCUCCGCCCCAUGCGGCCACCAAUUCUGCCGCUGGUGCUGGCGGAAUUACAUCGCGGCAAGCGUCAACGACGGGCCCAGCUCCCUGAAAUUGAAAUGCCCCGAACCUUCCUGCAAAGUCCUCGUUGGCGACGAUCUGAUCAACAAAAUCGCGGACAAAAAGAAUUUUGAAAGAUGCUGAAGAAGGCACUGGUGCAGCACCGAUGUAUGCAUAAAAAAAGGAAGAGAUAUUGUGUUCUUAAAGAACACUCUCUGAAGGGGUUUUUUAGCUUGAUGGCUCCCCUAAUUUGCUGUCAAUUGAAGAGAACAAAACAAUUACGUGGAUCUCUUGAUGGAUUAUUUUGGGGAUUUAAUUGGACCGGGUAGGAAGGAAGAAGUUGUCUCUUGCUGGCGCAGACAUAAGAGCAAAAUUAAAGAGCUGCGGAAUGGAUUGCAGCAGGAGCUUGGAGGGGGAGUCUCGGGAAGGUUUUCCGGCUUGCCAAUCCCGGAAGGAAAAGAUUCGUUCCGCAAUGACAAAGUUCCAAGUCAGGCUGGAAUGGAACUGGUUGGACAUCGAACGAAAAGGACAGAAUGAAUGCCUUCUCGAAGAAAAGGUAACAGCUGAAACUUUGUUCGCAAAUUGCAAGUCAACAUAUGUCAUAUAGCUUUAUGCAUGGAAUUGAGAAUCCCAGUGAAUGCUAAAGAAGAAGCUAGAACUGAGACAUGAUAGGUUGACAUUUAGAUGUACUCUUCCUGGUGAUUAAAGUACAACUUGGUACGAUUUAAAAGAGUAAUUUUAAUUACAUGAAUGCAUACUUUAAAACAUAUAUAAAUGCAUAUUAAGUGGUAAUUAUGCUAAUAGAAUGGGUUGUAUGCCCAUAUUUAUUUUGAAGAAGUACUGGCUAUCAGUACUAGGUGAACCACUCAUGUAUCCACACCAAUUAGAAUGGUACCCUUCGUGGUAACCAAAAGAUCACUAGCCAAUCCUCUAAGAAUGACACUAUGUUUCUCCAAUAUAAUUGUGAGAUAGUAGGUCAUAUGACGCGAAAGUGUAUGAACAAGUCUAACAUUGGUUCCAUUGUUAGCUUGAUAAUAGAAGAGGAUGGAUGGUUGUGAUCACUAAAAUGAGAGCAGAGGUUAAUCUUACUAGUAACCCUGAAGAAUGGUGGCUGGAUACCGAUGCCUCAAAGCAUGUGUGAUAAUUGAGUUAUGCUCAAAACAUACAUUGAGACGCAUUGAAGAAGAAAGUGUUUUUGGGCAUUUGCCCUCACCACAAUUUUAGAAGACAUCUUGCGCGCUCCAUAGAGAAGGAAUAUGCUUAUGCUUGUGUGGUAUAUAUGUUUUAUGUAACCAAGUCAAAUGACCCAGAAAUAUGUGAUAAGAGAAUCAAAACAUUAGAUAUUGUUUGUUUUGAUAUUAUACAUUAUGAGAAGUUAAGAAAUGUUUUAUCGAUUGUUCUGGUUAAUUGUAUGUUUAGUUGAUGUGAUGCUUUUGAAAUUCCAAUAGUAGAAUUAAAGAACCAGAGCAAUAUAAUUACUAGUAGAGCAUAUGAAUGUGUUUUAAUUGGAUAAGCUAUAGUAAAACACAUAAGUUUAAAAAAAUGAAAUACUCAUUGUUGUGUAGAAUCCAUUUAAAUCGAGAAAUAGUGGGGGUGGUAUCUUGCCUGCUAUUAGAAAUAAUGGAUAACUAGUGGGGGUAAUGAAUCUGGGUAUGAACUCAGAAGAGACAAAUGAACCAUAAAUCAUUGAAGGAUUUUGGUUAUGAAUUUGUUAUUUACACCCUAAGAAGAGAUCCUACAAGUCCGCUAGAAGUUCGAACUUCCAUAAAGAUACAGAUCUGUGGGAGAAUCUAUUAUUAACGAAAUGGAAUUAUUGGAGUCUAAUAAGACUUAAAAUCUUGUAGAGUAUCUCUUGGCUGUAAAGCCUUGGGUAAUAUAUCGAUAGAAUCGAACAAGAUUUGGCAUCUUUGAGAAUUACCUCUUGGUAAUGAAGUCAUGGGUAAUAAAUGGAUUCUUAAAAGAAAAGUGAAACCUAUUGGUUUAGUUUAUGAGUAUAAGGAUCGCCUAAUAGCUAAGGCUUUAAGCGAAAAGGAAAAAUUGUAAAUUUUUCCUGUUAUCUAUUCACCAUAUGUAGAAUAACAUCCAUGUAUGUUCUGAUUGCUAGUGUUGUGCGUCAGAUGGAUUGUUAAACAUGUUUCUGUGAAUGGUGAUUUAGAUAGGAAAAUUUACAUGGGACAACCUCUAGGGUUGUUAUUCCUGAACAUGCUUAGGGAGUCUAUAGUUAGACAAAUCAUUGUAAGAUUUGAAAUAGACUCUGAGACGAUGGCAUGAAUAAACUGGUUCUCUCUCAUGGUUUUAAAAGUGAAAGUGACAAGUGCAUUUAGUACAAAUUUGAGAAUGACACUUGCAUUAUGAAUGACACGUCGAUCUUUGGUACAAAGACUCGUGAUGUCAAUAUUGAAAAAUUAUGAUGGUUGAGAAUUUUGAAUGUGAAGGAUCUGUUUGAAACAAAUGUUAUGCUUAGAGAUCCUAAUAACUAGGAAAAUACAAGAUGUACACCUGCAUACAUGUUUGAUGAUGCUAGUAUAAAUAUUUAAAGAACACCUAAGACGGUGUAAGAAAGAUAGAAUAUACUAGCAUUUACAGUCUGCGAGAGGCAGCUGAUAAACAUGAGACCCGAUUUAGUAGGGGGUACUUGGCAGGCUUAUUGAUUGUCCUAGUAUGAAGCAUUGAAAUGCUAUUGAAAGGGUCAUGAGACACCUUAAGAACAGUAGACCUUGAUAUAAAUUAUCAACGAUUUAUGGCUGUAUUGGUAGGGUAUAUUGAUGAGGACGACAAUACCCUAUAGAAGAUUCCAAGGCAUCCAGUGGACAUGUUUUAAACAUCACUGGAAGUGUUGCGUCUUGGAAUUCUAAGAAGUAAACGAUCCUGGCUCAAUCAACUAAGAAAUAAGAAAUGAUAGAGCUAGCAAUGCCUAGUAAAGAGAAAAGUUGAUUACGAGGGCCAUUACUAGAGAUUCCCUUAUGGGAAAGACAGAUCCCUCCGGUAGUUGAUUCAUUGUGAUAGCACCGCAGCUAUUACUAAAGAAGGGAACCGGUUCUAGAACGAAAAGAGACGACAAAUUUGUCGUAAGCACAGUACUGUAAGAGAACUCCUAACGAUAGGAGCAAUGAGGGUGGAUCCUGUAAGAUCCUAACAGAAUCUAGCUGAUCCUUUGACGAAAGGAUUACCUAGAGAGAAAAGUUCAAAAUACCACGGAAGGUAUGGGACUUAUGCCUACCGAACCACGGAUUACAAGUGAUGGUAACCCGACCCGAUAGACUGGAGAUCCCAAGAAACGGGUUCAAUAGGUAAUAACAAGUCAUGAGUAAUAUUGAGAAAAGUUCAUGUAUAGUGAAGCAUGAAUCCCAAAGCCUUGGAGGUUGACUUAAACUCUUAAUGAGAUCUAUACUCUAUGUGGAGCGAAGUACUUUACUUUGGGGGGUACUUCUGAUAGACUCACCUAUGUGAAUGUGGGAGUGAGGCCGCUCCCUAAGGAACUUUGGAGGCACAAAGUUGCUAGAGCGUUCACUAAACCGGGAUAACGUGCAUGGCCAUAAACGCACGGCCUAUGAGAGAAUAUCACUCAAUGAAAAGAUCUAGUGUGC